AUGGAAGUGGAGAGUCUCGGUGGUAGAAGAUAUUUCGUGACGUUUAUUGAUGACGCCUCACGAAAAUUGUGGGUGUAUUUCUUGAGAACGAAGGGUGAAGUGUUUCAGUAUUUCAAAAGGUUUCAUGCUAUGGUGGAGAGACAGACUGGUAAACCUUUGAAGUGUCUUCGCUCAGAUAAUGGGGGGAGUAUACUUCCCAUGAAUUCAAGAAUUAUUGUGUCGAGCAUGGCAUCAGGCAUGAGAAGACUGUACCUGGAACCCCACAACAUAAUGGUGUGGCUGAAAGAAUCAACAGAACCAUUAUGGAGAAAGUGA